ACAGGCACCCACGUCGGAUGCCUCCCCAAGAGAGGGCUAAAGGUGUGCGUACAGUUUGUCUCAAGCCCUAGUUUAGCUCAAAGUACAUGUUCGUCGCCUCGGCUCUUUCAAAGGCCUCAGAUGUCUCUGUUCACAAACGAUGCUUGCGCAAGCACUGGCUUUCAAUUUGUCUGCGUUUUGAUCGAUUACCCGGUUCCGCGCCGGAGAACAUCAAUCAACUGCAAAGAUCUGCUUGGAAAUUAGGGGGUUCUUUCUAGGGCUGCAUGCAUUUAUCGCGCUGCGUCGGUUGAUGGGAUUGCCCGUGGCAACUUCUUCGGAGAAGCGGAUUUGAAUUGCGUCGUUGAAGACGAGUUGCUGUAGAGGGCGAGUGAGCCCGGAAGUUUUGCAAAGAUGAAGACCACCAAGGGUGGUAAGGUUAUGAAUCCCACGGAUGCGUACCGCAAGGAGCUCCGCAAGAAGGAGCUGAAGAGGAAUAAAAAGGAGAGAAAGAAAGUGCGAGAGGUGGGGAUUCUGAAGAAGGAUCCUGAGGCCAUCAAGGAGCAAAUCAGGAAACUUGAGAUGAUGAAGGCUGAUGGAGCCCUUGAUAAGACUCGAAGACACAAGAAGAGGCAGUUGGAAGACACCCUGAAUUUGGUGAUCAAGAAGCGGAAGGAAUAUGAAGAUAAGAUGCGAGAAAAGGGCGAGGAACCAGUGAUGUUCAGUCACUUACCAGCUCCUCGAAGACGAGCUACGGCUGAAGAAGAAGAAAGAGCGAAGCAUCCUAAGCCGGAGGACUCUGUCUACUUUCAUCCAUCUUUGAAUCCCAGUGGAGCUCCUCCACCUGGCAAGCCACCGAUGUACAAGUCAUCUAUUGGACCUAGAAUUCCUCUAUCAGCUGGUGGAUCUGGAUCGAGAGCAGAAGGGGAGGGCGAAGGCGAAGAAGGAGAGCAGGAAACGGGACCCCUGCCACUACCUCCACCGCCACCCCCACCUCCAUUGCCCAGUGGAGAAGGUUCUUCCAGUGCAGGAGGAGAGCCAGUUAUCCCUCUCCCUGUGCCUGUACCACCACCUCCCCCAGCUCCACCCCGUCCAGCUGCUGCUUCUGUCUCCUUACCACCUCCACCUCCCGGACCACCUCCCGCAACGGCAGGAAUUUCGCAGACCGUAACUGCGCUCCCGCCGCCACCUCCAAGGCUCCCACAGCCUCCCCCUCCAGGGACUGCCCAAGAAGUACCAACAACAAUUGCUCCACCUGGCACAGACGAUGGCUUGAGGAUUGAGGUUACAGAGAAAAGUUCAAGCACGGCAGCAUCACAAGACAGAACCUCAGGCCGUCUUCCUCCUCCACUACCUCGUCGACCAGCAUCUGCUCAAAUGCAAGAAGAGGAAGCGGAAGAAACCUUUAGUUCUAAAGAAUCGGCACCAGUGCAACGCCCUCCUCCCCCGCCUAUCAGACCUCCUGCUGGACCACCUCCCUCACGACCUCCCGCACUGCUGAUGAGACCCCCGCCUGGCCCUCCUCCGCAACCAUCUGAGAGAGCUGAAGAUAUGCCUCCAGGUGUCACACGGCUGCCUCCACCUCCCCCUCCACCUUCAACAAUGCGCCCCCCAAUGUCUCUGCCUCCACCCCCUCCACCUCCUCAAAGAAUGCCACCACCUGGCAUGGCACCACCACCCGGCCCUCCUCCUGGGAUGGGCGGUAGACCACACCUAGGACCUCCUCCCCCAGGACCUCCCCCGGUUAUGCGGCCUCCCCCUGGUCCUCCACCUAUGAGUGGUGACUCCGUCGGACCAUCUUCGGGUCUUCCACCACCACCACCGAGAAUGUCAGACGCAACAGGGCCAGAUGAUGGAGGUCGAUCUAGCGCAGCGAGGCCAUCAUAUAUAAAGUCUGCUGCCGCAACAGUUAUCAAGAGACCUCUUGCUCAACAUACACCUGAGCUAACAUCUAUGGUUCCUGCAUCAGUUCGAGUGCGCAGAGAAAACGCCAUGAAGUCGAAACCGAAAGCUGCCACACCGGCAGGACCAGUGCCUCCUCCAGCCUCAGUCGCAAAACCUGCGCCACCACCGUCUGCUGUGAAACCACAAAGUAUUGAUGAUUCAUAUUACGCCUUUUUGGAAGAUAUGAAAGCACUAGGUGCAUUCGACGAAGGAGAGAAGACGUACUGAAGUAUCACAGUAGUUUUGCUAGUCUCUUGAAGGUAAGUUCAUAGUUAUUCUGACUACGCACAUUCUUCCGAUUCAAGCUUGGGUAAAUGUCCCAUUUUCGCUUGGCCCCAUGUACAGGCAUCGAGUAACCAUUCUUACGCAUUAGAAAGGAUUCGAGAUAUUUUGGUGGAUGCCUUGAUUCCAGGUGAAUUCACUUGUAUUUGUAGCUGCUGGCGGUCUGUUUAGUUGUAUAUUAUAAGGACCUCUCAAAUUUGCAGAUGAGAGACGUCGAGCCGGUCUUUCUCUGCUGAGUUUUUGUGUACGUUACGAAUUUAAUGUGCCAUCGCAAUUGUCUCAUAAUAACUAAAUCUUACUAGCAGAGGACAGUUUAUGGGGCCAAUAGAUCUUUUUCACAUAUGACGAAAAUGAUUGAGUUACUAAUUAAAGAAGUUGAUGAGCGAGAAAGUCUUGCUACGAAGGAGAGAAGCUUUGAGAAUGUAAGUUCUACCCCACAUCAAGUGGCUUCGUUGUGAGACGAUCGAGUCUGGACAUUUCUUGUGUGUGGAAUGUUUUCCGAGAUCUCAAAGUAUCUAAUUCCUUGGUGAUCACAUGCUCCUGUCGUAUUACGCUGUUCUUAUUCUCACUUCAUUCAC